AUGUUGAAGUCCUCCACCUACACCAAGUGGGCAUCCUUCUUCAAGUCCAUGCACGGCAAGUUUGGCCUCAAGUCGCACAUCGACGGCACAGUGGCGCCCCGUCCCCAGGACCCCGUUUGGGAUCAAGCGGAUUGCUGCGUCCACUCCUGGUUCUUCAGCUCCGUUGACGACUCCGUUCUCAACCUCACCAUGACCGAUGAUGAUCAGAUCGUUCGGGAUCUUUGGCUCGCCAUCGAGGGCCUCUUCCGUGCCAACAAGCAGUCUCGGGUGAUCUUCCUCAGCCAUGACUUCCACUCCAUGACACAGAGCAACUCCUCCAUCGUCGAGUACUGCAGUCACAUGAAGACCCUCACCGACGCCCUCUGGGACAUUGGCCAUCCCGUUCAGGACUCUUAG